CAAUGAUCUAACCCAUGCAACAUUUUUCAAGUGUCGUACGGAGUGAUAAGUGCCUCCAUCGAAAAUGGCGCAUCUGGAUAGUUCUCUUUCCCGAAAAACGCGCUAUUUUGGAUUGGGGUAGCUUCCAGUGAGGGCGGUAGUGAUGGCGGAUGCAGCGUAGGCCGUCGGUAACCGCGCGAGGGACCAAGCGAGUUACCAACUGCUUCAUUUGAGCUCAAGUUUGCGUCGCAAGUGCCUCGAAUACAAGAUCGUCUUGGAAUUUCAGAUACUCCUUCACGUCAAAGCGAUGGCGCCGAUAUGCGCAACGACAGUCAAGGACCCGCGGAGGUGCUGGAUGAAUAUGCACAGAGGCUGGAUCGUUUGUGCACCGGGGCUGGAUCGUUUGUGCACCGGGGCUGGGAUCGCGUCGGGGCUGGAUCGCAUCGGGGCUGGAUCAACUGGGGCUGGAUCAACUGGGGCUGGAUCAACUGGGGCUGGAUCAACUGGGGCUGGAUCAACUGGGGCUGGAUCAACUGGGGCUGGAUCAACUGGGGCUGGAUUGCACGAAGUGACGAAGUAAUGUCGCUACGCAUAUCAGCGUCAAAUAGCUUCUCUGCCGAGAUGUCUGAAAUGACAUCACCAGUAGGCUCUAUCCAGGGCGAAGGUGGCAACGGUGGUGAAGUUGUGGGUGGUGAGGCAAGAUGA